AGGCCGAAGGAAGUCGCGUGGGGCGCGCGGGCGGCGCUGGGCGCAGUCAUGUCGGCCGCCUUGGUGCGGCGAGGCCUGGAGUUGCUGGCGGCGUCCGAAGCCUCCGGAGCGGCGCCGGGCCAGGCCCGGCCGAGCGGGGCCCCGGCGAAGCGGGCCCGGAGGGCGAGAGCCAAGGCGAAGGCCACCCAGGCCCAGAAGCUGCGGAACUCGGCCAAGGGCAAGGCCCCCAAGUCGGCGAUCGCUGAGUACCAGAAGCGAGCACAUCAAGACCACCUCAGAGCAAACCUGAAGUUUAUGACAAGUGCAAGAAGCACUGUGGCGGAAUCUGUUACGCAGCAGAUACUGCACCAGAAUCAGGGCCGCAAGGCUUGUGAUCGACCCGUGGAGCAGAAGAAAAAGAAGAAGAAGAAGGCCGAGGGCACAGUGUUCACAGAGGAAGACUUCCAGAAGUUCCAGCUUGAGUACUUCGGCAGCUAGCUCCUGUGAUGUUCACUGUGGGGGAGAGGCACCUAGAGUAACCUGGACUUCACUGCCCCUGCUGGCCUGGGCCAUACUGUGUGGUUUAUGGCCAGCCAAUGGUGAUGCAGGAAUAGCCUGGCUCUAGGAAACCCAGAGCUGCAGCCCCUGGGAGAUGGGACUGGAGCUAGCAAGCGGAACACCCUGGGGCAGAUUUGCACUCAAGACAGGAGCUGACUGAAAUGUAGAAGGCACCCUCUGCCCCAACCAAAAGGGACCCUUUCUAUUUACUGUGAGGAAGGCUCGGUCCUGGCCCCCUGGGGCCAUACUGCUGGAAGGAAGAAGGCUGCUGGGUGGGCUUCUGAGUUCUAGUAAAUGUGGCGUUUUGACUGUG